CUAGUUCAGGGGGUCCGAGAGAAAGGCAGGCUGACUCCUCUGGGAAACCCAUUCCGCCAGGGGCGUAGCAAGCUUGGAGGGGGCCCCGAGACAAGAUUUUAAAAUGGGCCCCUCGCUGAUAUGCACACACAAACACACUUCACAAUAUAUCGUGCACUCACACUCGCAUCCCCAUUAUGAAUACGGUGAAUAUCCGGUUCACACUGAAUCUAGUUUUUUUACUCUCUGCUCCUGCCGAUCUCCAAGAGACUCAACAUAAUUCAUAAGGGGUGCAACAUGGGCAGGUGGGGAGUCAUGUAAUGUGCCUCUGGGGGGCCCCUCGAGGCAGUGGGGUCCCCCCCUUGCCUAGUGGUAGUUACGCCCCUGCAUUCCACCACAUCGCUUCCGCUGCCUGCAUCUGCAAGAACCGUCUCAAGAGCCCCCUGCAGCAGCACUGCCGGGACAGUCGCAUCGAGCUGUACCAUGCCAGCACCUGCUGGCUUGAGCCGCCCAGCACCAGUUUUCUCUGGCUGUGGAGGAGACAGGAUCUGCUGGGGGUCUUCUCCCCAGAGAUCCCGCAGCUCUGCUAGCAGUUGCUUGCACGGCUGAGCUGGCUCAGUAUCCUCUGUGCUGCUGCUGCUGCUGCUGCUGCCUCUCUUGGCCUCGGGAGAUUGCCCUGGAGGAGCUGACCGGAAGAAGCCGUGCAGAGGAGGAGUCCACUUCAGCUGACUGGCAGAAAUAAAGCAGUGGAAGAAGAGCUGGAGAAGCUGCUGGAGCAACAAGGCACGAUCGAGAGCAAGAUGGCGGCCCUCCAUCGCAUGGGGCCCAACCUGCAGCUGAUCGAGGGGGAUGCUAAGCAGCUGGCCGGGAUGAUCACGUUCACCUGCAAUCUGGCCGAGAACGUCAGCAGCAAAGUCCGGCAGCUCGACCUGGCCAAGAACCGCCUCUAUCAGGCCAUCCAGAGAGCAGACGACAUUUUGGACUUGAAGUUCUGCAUGGAUGGAGUCCAGACAGCCCUGAGGAACGAGGACUACGAGCAAGCCGCGGCUCACAUCCACCGCUACCUGUCUUUGGACAAGUCGGUCAUUGAGCUGAGCAGGCAGGGCCAAGAGGGCAGCAUCAUCGACGCCAACCUGAAGCUGCUGCAGGAGGCCGAGCAGCGCCUGAAGGCCAUUGUGACGGAGAAGUUUGACCUGGUCACGCGGCAAGAGGACCUGCCCCAGGUGGAGCGCUUCUUCAAGAUCUUCCCCCUGCUGGGCUUGCACGAAGAGGGGCUGAGCAACUUCUCCGCGUACCUCUGCAAGCAGGUCGCCAGUAAAGCCGAGGAGAACCUGCAGCUGGUGAUGAAGACAGACAUGAGCGACCGCCGGGCUGCGGUCAUCUUUGCAGACACCUUGACUCUCCUCUUUGAAGGCAUUGCACGCAUCGUGGAGACCCACCAGCCCAUUGUGGAGACCUACUACGGGCCAGGCAGGCUUUACACCUUGAUCAAGCACCUGCAGACGGAAUGCGACCAGCAGGUAGAGAAGGUGGUGGACAAGUUCAUUCAGCAGAGGGACUACCACAGACAGUUCCAGCUGGUGCAGAACAGCAUGAUGAGGAGUUCCGUGGCAGAGAAGACUGAGCCCAGGGAACUGGACCCCAUUUUAACGGAGGUCACCUUGAUGAACGCGCGGAGUGAGCUGUACCUGAGGUUCAUUCGGAGGCGUGUGGCCUCGGACUUUGAGGUGGGAGACUCCGUGGCCUCCGAGGAGGUGAAGCAAGAGCACCAGAAGUGUCUGGACAAGCUGCUCAACCACUGCCUCUUGAGCCGCACCAUGCAGGAGCUGAUUGGCUACUACAUCACUAUGGAAGAGUACUUCAUGAGAGAGACCGUCAACAAGGCGGUGGCCCUGGACGCCUGUGAGAAGGGCCAGCUGACCUCCAGCAUGGUGGACGACGUCUUCUACAUCGUGAAGAAGUGUGUGGGCCGGGCCCUCUCCAGCUCCAGCAUCGACUGCCUCUGUGCCAUGAUCAACCACUCCAUCACCGAGCUGGAGUCGGACUUCAGGGAGGUCCUGUGCAACAAGCUCCGGAUGGGCUUCCCGGCCACCCCCUUCCAGGACUUCCAGCGGGGCGUGACCAGCGCCGUGAGCCUCAUGCACAGCAGCCUCCAGCAGGGCAAGUUUGACACCAAAGGCAUCGAGAGCACCGAUGAGGCCAAGCAGUCCUUCCUGGUGACGCUGAACAACGUGGAGGUCUGCAGUGAAAACAUCAUGACCCUGAAGAAGACCUUGGAGAGCGACUGUGCCAAGCUGCUCAGCCAGGGCUUUGGGGGCGAGCAGGCCCAGCCCAAGAUCGACAGCUGCCUCGCGGAGCUGGCGGCCAUGUCCCACAAGUUCCGGGACCUGCUGCAGGAAGGGCUGAAUGAGCUCAGCAACUCGGCGAUCAAGCCCCAGGUGAAGCCCUGGAUCAACCUCUUCCUGUCUGUCUCCCACAACAUUGAGGAGGAAGAGUUCAACGACUACGAGGCCAACGACCCCUGGGUCCAGCAGCUCAUUCUCAACCUGGAGCAGCAGAUGGCGGAGUUCAAGGCGGACCUCUCUGCAGUGAUCUACGACAGCCUCUCCAGCCUCACGACCACCCUCAUCGCGGUGGAGCUGGAGAAGGUGGUCCUCAAGUCCACCUUCAGCCGGCUGGGGGGGCUGCAGUUUGACAAGGAGCUGCGCUCGCUGAUCGCCUACCUCACCACCGUCACCACCUGGACCAUCCGGGACAAGUUUGCGCGUCUCUCCCAGAUGGCCACCAUCCUCAACCUGGAGCGGGUGACGGAGAUCCUGGACUACUGGGGACCCAACUCGGGCCCCCUCACGUGGCGUCUCACUCCCGCCGAAGUCCGCCAGGUGCUGGCUCUCCGGAUGGACUUCCGCAGCGAGGACAUCAAGCGGCUGCGCCUCUAGCCGCCUGGACUGGCCCGGGACCCUCUGCGGGGCAAAUGCCCCCCCCGCCCCGCCCCUCUUGGGCAGACAUUAAACAGCAGCUCUGCUGGG